AUGUGGCGAGCCACCGCCCUCGUGUGCCUUCUCUCCAGCAGUUCCCUGCAAACUGCUCUGUCGAAGUGUACGGCCAACAGCACGGCUAAUAUCAUCGAGACACUCCAGGAAUGUUGGGCGGGUAAUACGGAGGCGUUGGCGUGCAUCGACGAAAAUAGCACCGAAGCCAGUAUCCUCGAGUGUUUGCAGAAUCGCACUACGACUGUGACUGAAACGACCGUCACGGUUACGGCAGACACGCCCGCCACGAACUUUUCCAGCGUCGAGGAAUGGUUCGCCGCUCAGCAGUGGCGCUAUUUUAAGUCAGGCGUCCAGCACGAUGGCAGUGAUGUGUAUCUAAACUACGUGACUGUCACGGGCACUGGAGACAAGGGUGCAAUGUUGGUCGUUCACGGCAAUGGCGAGAAUCUCUAUAAUUAUCCAGUCAUCAAGUAUUUCGUCGACGAGGGCUACUCCCCGAUAUUUGCUUACUCGCACAGAGGCAUGGGUACCAGUGACCGGUUGUUGGACGACCAUUUCAAACUCCACGUUGUUGCAAGCGAUGACUUCGUAAAGGAUUGCCGCACGUUUAUUGACUUGGUCAGGGAGGAACUCGCCGAGUCAAGUGAAAACAAUGAUAAACCGUUUUACUUGUAUUGCCAUUCGCUCGGAUGCGCAGUGUCGCUUACGUACAUGAUCCAAGAGUACAGAGCCGGUAGGGAGCAGUAUUUCAACGCGGUGGUGUUGCAGGCUCCUCUCAUCAAGGCUGACACCGACCCUUUUCCUUAUGACGUCGCAGUUGCCCUUGGCGAGACAAUGGUAUUCUUCGGCCAAGGAGAGGAAUACGCGCCAACUAAGGAUAAGACUUUCGAGGAGUGGUAUCCGGCAGAUGCGUCAGAUUGUACGGCUGGAUCUCUUUCCAGGUGCACUCGCAGAUUGAAUUUGUGCAUCGACUCAAGGUACGAGGAGUUUGGCCAUGACGGACAUACAGGUUUGUGUGUUGGAGGCGUAACAGCCAACAUGGCAAAGGAGUUUUUUGACCUGUAUGCAGACACAUUCGAGGGAUUCAUGGCACAAGACGGCAAGAAGAUCGUGCCUCCGCUCCUUUUGCAGCAGUCUGGUCCACCAGAUGGCACAGACAAGCUUGUUGUCAAUGCGGUGCAAGACCAGUUCUGCAGCAAUAGUGCCAAAGACUGCACGAUGCUCCCGUACCCUAACGCCCUGCAUAACCUGGCGAAGGAGACGGAUGAAGUCCUUUUCGAUUUCUUGGAGAAGGCAGACGAGUUCUACCAGAGUCAUAAGGACAUGGUGGUGCCACAGGAGCCCAUCACUGGGUACAAAUUACAGGGCGAGGAGUGCUACGACGACCUCGAGUGCAUCAGCGGGAUUUGCGACGGUGACUGGGCCUUCGACAUAGCUGCUGGCAGUUGCACGGACCCUUCCGUCGUCGACGCUGCUUCCUGGGCUAGCUGUUCGAUGGCUGUCCUGACAGCCAGCGCCGCGGCGCUCGUGUUCUCGCAAGCGUGA